UCGCUCGCAGACUCUGCUUGAUGGCUGUUUGUGGGGAAACUGGUUGCAGCUUUCGAGAGAAACAGAACAUGAAGUUUGCCUUUGUGGUUCUCUGUCUGCUCGUGGAAAUGGGAUGUGGUUUACAGAAGCUGUCAGCACAGGACUCGGGUGGAGGAUGUCAGCCCAGAGACUCGUGCGAUCAGUGCAUCGAGCAGAGGCCGGAGUGCGCUUGGUGUAAACAGCUGAACUUCACCCAGGCGGGGGAGCCGGAGUCAUCCCGGUGUGACGUCGAGCAGAACCUUCUACACCGCGGCUGCUCCGAGGAGGAGGUGGUAAAUCCUCGCGGAUCACACCGGGUGACGGAGCAGAGCCGGGCUGGGGGGGACGGCGAGACGGUGGAGCAGCUCACGCCCCAGGCCGUCAGUCUCAGCCUCCGACCAGGCCAAGAGGAGUCUUUCACGGUGACGUUCAGGCGAGCUCAAGGCUACCCCAUUGACCUUUAUUACCUGAUGGAUCUCUCCUACUCCAUGAAAGACGAUCUGGAGAACAUCGUGAAGCUGGGCAGCGAUCUGCUGUCCGCACUGAGGAAUGUCACCACCUCAGUGAAGAUAGGUUUCGGCUCCUUUGUGGACAAGACGGUGUUGCCGUACAUCAGCACCACCGAACGCAAGCUGCGCAACCCGUGUCCCGACCGCACCGAGCAGUGCCAGCCUCCGUUCACCUUCCGCCACGUCCUGGCCCUCACGGAGGACGAGCACGAAUUCGAGAACAAAGUCAGUCACCAGCGCAUCUCGGGCAACGUCGACUCUCCCGAGGGGGGGCUGGACGCUAUCAUGCAGGCCGCCGUGUGCGUGGAUAAGAUCGGUUGGAGGAACGUCACUAAGCUGUUGGUUUACACGUCCGAUGACACGUUCCACACAGCGGGCGACGGCAAACUCGGCGGCAUUUACCUUCCCAACGACGGCCGGUGUCACCUGGGGCCCAGGGGGCUGUACCAGGAGGCCAACCAUCAUGAUUAUCCGUCUGUCGGACACUUGGCUCAAGUCCUGUCGGCCUCCAACAUCCAACCUAUCUUUGCCGUCACCAAGAAAUCAUUGCCAAUCUAUCAGUCCCUCAGUAAAUUAAUCCCAAAGUCCGUGGUGGGGGAACUGCAGGACGAUUCCAGCAACGUCAUCCAGCUCAUCAUGGACGCUUACAAUAAUUUAUCCUCGACGAUCAACUUGGAGCACAGUAACCUGCCGGAGGGCGUGACGGUGUCGUACGACUCGCACUGUAGUGACCAGAGCGGGUCGGUGCGGGCAGAGCAGGGCAAGUGUUCCAACGUGCACAUCAAGGAGCAGAUCAACUUCACUGUCCACGUCGGGCUGACUCACUGCCUCGACUCGGAGCAGAGCUUUGAGAUCCGUCCGCUGGGCUUCAGUGAGCAUCUGGUGGUCCGGGUCAACAGCCUGUGCGCCUGUAAUUGUGGAGACCUCAUCAACCAGGCCCCUCACUGUAGCGAUGGCAACGGCAGCCUGACCUGCGGCAUGUGCAGCUGCGACGAGGGGCGGUUGGGGAAGCGAUGCGAGUGCAGCGCCGACGAGGAUUCCCGGCCCCUGAGCGAAGACUGCCGCCGGAACAAGACCGACCUGGUGUGCAGCGGGCGGGGGCAGUGCGUGUGCGGACGGUGCAUUUGCCGGGACAAGGUCCAUGGCGACAACUGCCAGUGUGACGACUCCAGUUGCGAGUGGCACAACGGCACCAUGUGCGGCGGGAAGGGACGGUGCGUGUGUGGUCUCUGCCAGUGUCUGCCGGGCUACAUCGGCAGCGCCUGCGACUGUGAAGACUCCACCGACCAAUGCUUCCCGGUUAACGGGACAGUGUGCAGUGGGCACGGCGAGUGCAAGUGUAACCAGUGCGAGUGCGAGCUUGGCUACCAAUCCCCAGACUGCGGCCACUGCCUGAACUGCCACCUUGCCUGCCACAUCAUCAAAGACUGUGUUCGGUGUUGGGUGUUUGGAGCCCAGGACGAGGACUGUACCCAGCGCUGUGGCCACGUGAUCAUGGAAACGGAGCUGCCGAGAAAGGAAACCAACUGCUCCGAGAGUUUCCACGGAGGCCGGCGAGUGGAUUUCUUCUUGGAGAAACGGAAGAACAAUUACCACUUUCAGGUCUACAACCAGGUGGGGGAGGAUCACGACACGCGGCUGAUCACCAUCGUCUCGGUGGUGUCGGGGAUCGUGUUUUUCGGGCUGCUGUUGCUGAUGACGUGGAGGGUCUUGACUGAGGUGUACGAUCGCAGGGAAUUCAAUCGGUUCAUGAAGGAGCGGAAGAACGAACGCUGGCACGAGGCUUCCAACCCUCUGUACAAGGGGGCAACCACCACCAUCGUGAACCCCAAAUUUAUGGCAGAGUAACGUCAUCUCCCCCCACCCCCCCACCCGAACCCUACCCCAGCUCAUCCGAUGAAAGCACCUCCCUGCCCCCCCCGACCAAUUAUUAUUAUUGGAGCUGCCUUGAGGGAUUAGUAGUCCCCAUUUCUCUCCCCCACCCCCCCGCCCCCCAUUUCUACUUUCUCCUCAAUGCAGGGAGGGACGUACACAUCACUGGGAGUGGGGAGGGUGGGGGCUUGUCUCUCUAGCCAGAUCCCAGGGUCUGGUUAGAGAGAUUGGUAGCCCCCCACCCCCCAAGGUUCAAGGUUUUACCUGAAGAUAUGAACGAGAAUCUACAGCCAUGGCCAAGUCAGUGGGACGGUUGAGGCCGGAGCAGUCACCGUUAUCACCAUCCGGAACUCCAUCCUACAUUCCCUUCGCCUCGCCCCCUCCCUGCCU